GCAGAGAUGUCGAGUGCCCCUGUAACUGAGAGCUGGUGCUACACGCAGAUCAAGGUAGUGAAAUUCUCCUACAUGUGGGCCAUCAAUAACUUUAGUUUUUACCUGGGGGAAAUGGGUGAGUUCAUUAAAAGUUCAACCUUUUCGUCCGGAGCCAGUGGUAGACUGAAAUGGUGUUUACGAGUAAACCCAAAAGGGCUAGAUGAAGAAAGCAAAGAUUACCUGUCACUUUACCUGUUACUGGUCAGCCGUCCAAAGAGGGAAGUUCAGGCAAGAUUCAAAUUCUCCAUCAUCGAUGCCAAGGGAGAAGAGAACAAAGCUAUGGAGAGUCAGCAGGCAUAUAGGUUUGUGCAAGGCAAAGACUGGGGAUUCAAAAAAUUCAUCCGUAGAGAUUUUCUCCUGAAUGAGGCCCACGGGCUUCUGCCUGAUGAUAAGCUUACCCUCUUCUGUGAGGUGAAUUUGGUGCAAGAUUCUGUCAACAUUUCUGGCCAGAAUACUAGGAAUAUGGUGAAGGUUCCUGAGUGCCGGUUGGCAGAUGAGAUAGGAGGACUGUGGGAGAAUUCUUGGUUCACUGAUUGCUGCUUAUGUGUUGCUGGCCAGGAAUUCCAGGCCCACAAAGCUAUCUUAGCAGCUCGUUCUCCAGUUUUUAGUGCCAUGUUUGAACAUGAAAUGAAGGAGAACAAAAAAAAUCGAGUUGAAAUCAAUGACAUGGAGCCUGACGUUUUUAAGGAAAUGAUGUGCUUCAUUUACACCGGGAAGGCUCCAAACCUUGGCAAAAUGGCUGUUGAUUUGCUGGCAGCUGCUGACAAGUACGCCCUGGAGCGUUUGAAGGUCAUGUGUGAGUGUGCCCUCUCCAAUAACCUGUCCGUGCAGAAUGCUGCAGAGAUCCUUAUCCUGGCGGACCUCCACAAUGCAGAUCGGCUGAAAACUCAGGCAGUGAAUUUCAUCAACUAUCAUGCCUCACAAGUCUUGGAGACCUAUGAAUGGAAGUCAAUGGUGGUGUCACAUCCCCACUUGGUGGCCGAAGCUUACCGCUCUCUGGCUUCAGCACAGAGCCCUUUCCUUGGAGGCCGCCGACACAAACGCCUGAAGCAAUCCUAA